UUGGUUUACUAGAACCUGUUCAGUUGGUUUUGUGCAGAUAUCACACAAAUACAUUUAAAAAUGGAGGCAUUAAUGAGUGUACUUGCAUUUGAGUGGAUGGACUACAAAAGUAUUUUGAUCUUUUUGUGUGUUUUUGUGUUACUGGCUGAUUUCCUGAAGAACAGAGUACCGGCAGACUUUCCUCCUGGACCGAGGCCGCUUCCAUUUAUUGGUGAUCUUCUUCGCAUCGAACCCAGAAGGAUGCAUCUGCAGUUCACAGAGUUUGCAGAGAAAUACGGAAACAUUUUCAGCAUCCGGUUCUUUGGAGGAAAAGUUGUGGUCAUUAAUGGAUAUGAGCUUGUGAGGGAAGCGCUGGUCCAAAGAGGAGAGGACUACACCGAUCGUCCUAAUGUACCAAUUUUUGAUGCACUGGUUGGAAAUCGAGGUCUUGUGAUGUCAAAUGGCAACAUAUGGAAGCAACAGCGGAGAUUUUCUCUUCAUACUCUCAGAAACUUUGGAGUGGGCAAGAAAACCCUGGAGCCAUCCAUUCAGCAGGAGUGCCAAUAUCUCAUCGAGGCUUUUGCCAGUCAUCAAGGCCAGCCUUUCAAUGCCCAUUACCUGCUAAACAACGCUGUAUCCAAUGUCAUCUGCUGUCUGGUGUUUGGGGAUCGCUAUGAGUACAAAGACAAGCAGUUCCAGAGAGUUCUUAAGAACUUCAGUGAGAUUGUGUACUUAGAGGCGAGUCUGGGUGUGCAGCUGUAUAACAUGUUGCCCUGGCUGAUGAAGUGGAUGCCUGGAUCCCACCAGAAGACUUUCACUCUGUUACAAGAGAUUAUUGACUUCAUAGAUGUCAAGAUUAAAGAACACAAGGAAAGCUUGGACCCGUCCUCGCCGAGAGACUACAUCGACUGCUUCCUCGCAGAAAUGGGAGAGAAGGAGGACGUAGAGUCUGGUUUUGAUAUCAAGAAUUUGUGUUUCUGUACUCUGGACCUGUUUGCUGGUGGAACUGAAACUACUGCCACUACUUUACACUGGGGACUGCUUUACAUGAUCUACUACCCUCAAAUACAAGAGAGAGUCCAGGCUGAGAUUGAUGCUGUCAUUGGUUCAUCCAGAGUGCCCUCAUUAAAUGACAGAGAAAACAUGCCCUAUACUAACGCAGUCAUCCAUGAAAUCCAGAGAAUGGGCAACAUCCUCCCCCUCAAUGUGCCCCGCAUGGCGACCAGGGACACUACACUUGACAAGUACACAAUCCCAAAGGGAACCAUGAUCAUGGCCACGCUGAACUCAGUUCUACAUGAUGAGAAGAUGUGGGAGACUCCACACUCCUUCAACCCUAAACACUUUCUGGAUCAAGAUGGCCAAUUCAGGAAGAGAGACGCCUUCCUUCCUUUUUCACUUGGUAAGCGUGUGUGCCCUGGGGAGCAGCUGGCUAGGAUGGAAUUAUUCCUCUUUUUCACUUCCCUUCUUCAGAGGUUUUCUUUCACUGCACCUGAAGGAGAGCAGCCCAGCCUGGAGUUCAAGUUAGGAGGCACUCACUGUCCCAAACCUUACCAGCUCUGUGCUGUUCAGCGUUAAACCACUAACUCUUGCAGAGUGGCAUCUACAGUUGAAACCAGAAGUUUACAUACACUAUAUAAAAAGGCACAUUAACUUUU